GACAAUAUUGUUUGUAUAUAAAGAUCUAAAUAUAAACUAUUUUUGUAUACAUAUUCAAUUAUUCACUAUUCAACGGCCAGUUAAAUAGGAGCUAUACUUUAGAAAGGUUCUAUUUGAAAAUAAUAAUAAUCAAUAACUCAAAUGGAUUUCACAAAUAAAGUUAUAUUAAUUACUGGCGCAAGUUCAGGAAUCGGAGCGGCGACAGCGAUAUAUUUCUCUAAAUUAUCUGCAAAGCUAGCCUUAACCGGUAGAAAAGAAAAUAAUUUGAAAAAGAUUGCUUUGUAUUGUGAGAAGGCUAAGGGAAUAAAGCCUUUGACUGUUGUGGCAGAUUUAACAGAAGAUAUAGACGUUGAAAAACUUGUCAAAGAAACUAUAGAACACUAUGGUACACUCGAUGUUUUAGUUAAUAAUGCUGGUGUAUUAGCUACUGGAGGAAUAAAGGAUACGAAUAUGGAGAAAUAUGACAGAGUUAUGUCAACGAAUAUGCGAGCGGUUUACCAUUUAACGAUGUUGUGUGUCCCACAUCUUUCUGCAUCCAAGGGUAGCAUAAUUAACGUAUCUAGUAUCGUUUCUUCCAAGGCCAAUACCAUUUAUUUGCCAUAUAAUAUUUCAAAAGCUGCAUUAGACCAUUUCACAAGAUGUGUAGCCUUGGAAUUAGCACCAGAUGGUAUUCGUGUAAACUCUGUAAAUCCUGGCUUUGUCAAGACUAACAUCCUAAAAGAUAUAGGAUUAACUGAAGUUCAAGUAGAGUUAUUAGUUCAGAAUAUUGUGAGCAGAACACCUAUGAAAAAGGCAGUUGAAGCCAGCGAUGUGGCUGGUGUUAUAGCAUUUUUAGCAAGUGACCAAGCCAAGAGUAUAACGGGAUCGUGUAUGUCAGUUGACGGAGGCAGCAUAUUGUAUUAAUUUUUCUUUUAAAUAUAAACAUACAAAUGUAAAUUUGUGCAUUGAAAUGAAAAAAAAGCUAUAAUAUAUUUAUUUCUAGUCAUCAUAUUUGAUAGAUAACUUAUUAAUUUUAAAAACAUUAUUAUAUAUUUUAUAAAGGAAUUAAUAAAGUUAACAUGAUGUUGUAAUUUCAUAUUUUUAACUAAUAUAUAACGCUUCAUAUAAUUAUUAAAGUCAGACUUUAAUCUCUAUAUUUGUAAUGAUCUUGAUUAAAAUAUUUCUUUGUAUUACUGUGUUAUCUUGUUGAUAAAAUUGUUAUAAAUAGAAUAAAUAAUUCUGUAGCAACA